AUGUCUUUUCAAGUAGCAGACGUUCAGAAGGCACUACAAUGCGUCUCUUCGAAUGCUACUCAGGAGAAGAAGAAUGAGGCCCUGCAUUUCCUUGAGGACUUUCAGAAAUCGGCUGCGGCGUGGACCAUAUGCCAUGAUGUACUUACCACUGUUGAUCCCUCUUUUUUGGAACUUCAUGUAUUUGCAGCUCAAACUUUGAGAAAUAAAGUCACUUACGAUUUAUCCCAGUUAGAAGGCAAUCUGAUGGAGUUCAAGACGUCUUUACUAAAUCUAUUAAUUUUGCAUAACCAGAAAUUGGUCAUUACACAACUGAGUGUUGCGCUAGCACGUCUGGCAAUUCAGUUUAUUCAGUGGAGGGAUCCUAUUGUGGAAAUCAUUCAUUGCCUGAAUCCCUAUCCCUCUAAACUAUUGGGUUUUCUGAGAAUUUUACCAGAGGAGACACUUGACAUCGGAUCAACACCUUUGAGUGAGAACGAAUUCAAUUCAAGGACUCACGAACUUAUAAAUACAAUUGCAGAGGAUGUGUUGAACUUUUUGAUCUCAUGUGUGGACAUCCUGAAGUCCCAGCAACAAAGUGAGUCCGAUAUCACUUUAGAAAAAAUCAUGCAUUGUCUAACGUCAUGGUCGUUUGAAUUUCCUGUUGACCAACUCCUAUCUGUGAGGCCACUGAUAUCACUUGUAUUCGAAUCCUUACUCCAAGGGCCAGACGAGUCUUCCGAGACCUUCGAUGCCGCUGUUGAAUGUCUUUCCGUGAUAUUGAGAGAAAGCAGAGAUGCCCCUAACGAACAACUAGUUUUGGCUCUUUACGAACAGCUUAUGCAACUACAGAUCAAACUACUUCCUAACCUUCUAGUGGCCCAAGAGGAUGACCUUGACUAUGAAAUUAUGGAGGGGCUUACACGUUUGUUCGUGGAAGCUGGUGAAGCGUGGAGUGUUUUCAUUUCUAAAUCACCAGAUGUUUAUAAGCCAAUUGUCACUGCCCUGCUGAUGUUUACUUGCAAAAACUCCGAUCUAGACAUCGCUGCCUACACAUUCCCUUUCUGGUUUAGUCUUAAGCAAAACCUGGUUUUACCAAGAUAUCAACAAUCAAAAGAACAGUAUGUGCCGAUCUUUGAGAAUUUGAUCAGCGGCAUAAUCAGACAUUUACAAUAUCCUACUGAUCAAUUCGACUCGAGUGAAAGCGAAGACAAAUUCAAGGAUUUUAGAUACCACAUGGGUAGUGUUCUUAAAGACUGCGCAGCGGUUAUUGGAACCUCCCGUGCAUUAAAUCAGCCUUUGACAAGAAUCAAAGAAGCUGUCAACAAAGGUGGGUCUUGGCAAGAAUUGGAAGCUCCUCUUUUCUCUUUGAGAACAAUGGCUCAAGAGAUUUCACUCUCCGAGAACAAUCAACUACCUCAAAUCUUUCAGAUUUUGUGCAGUCUACCGGAACAUCCAAAGAUAAGAUAUGCUUCUACCUUGGUUCUUGGAAGAUACACCGAAUGGACGGCCAAACAUCCCGAGAUGCUAAAGAUGCAGUUAGAUUACAUAUUCAAUGGUUUCAAUGAGGGUCAAAAAAAUCCCGACAUUAUAACAGCAUCUUCUCAUGCUCUGAUGUUUCUCUGCACAGAUUGUUCAAGUUUACUCAGUGACUACAUCGAUCAGCUCUAUGAUUUUUAUUUCAAUGUGGGAAGUAUCCUAGAUAUUGAAUCUCAAUUUGAACUGUGCCAAGGUUUGAGCGCUGUGAUAGACAAGCAAUCCCCCGAUAAAAUAUCUGCAGUGCUGCAGAAACUGCUGGAUGACUGUUUUUCGAAAAUCAAUGACAUAGUUCCAAAAUGGAAGGCUGAUCCUACGGCGUUUAGUGCUCUUAUCGCUGAUAAGAUCGAUCUCGUCUAUGCGACCUUUGAGGAAUUGAAGCCAAAAAAUGAAUAUCCUCAACAGGGACCAGAACCUUUACUUCCACAAAUCGAAUUUAUUUGGAACUCGUUGAGCACUUUAUUGAUCGAUUGUGGAGCCUUAUCCGACAAUGUCAUAGUCGAACGUGCUACAAAGCUUUUAAGAAGGCUCUUCGAGAAAUUCCACUUGUUCUGUGAGCCUAUUCUAGUACCGGUGGCAGAGUUUCUCGCUCAAGGUUACGCCGCAACAGGCUUGGGCUCGUACCUAUGGUGCUCGGGUUCAAUUAUUAUUGUCUACGGUGACGACGAAGCGCUGCCUGUUCCAACUCAACUGAAAGAUGCGGUGUGGCAUUUUGCUGUGACCCAAAGUAACACUUUCAUUCAAAACUUCAACAAAAUUCAAACCGAACGGAUAAAUGACCAUUAUGAGUCCAUCAUGGAUUUCUUCUCCAUGAUCUCAGACCUUAUUAUGUUUUACCCCAAGGAAUUCCUAUUAUCAAGUGAAUUGUUAGGCAGUACUGCCGAUGUCGCUCUAAAAAGUGUGACAAGAGUGGAAAACUAUGACGCUUAUGUUCUGAUAUUACGUUGCUUGGAUGACCUAUUAUCAUGGGGUUUCAGGACACCACCUAUCUCUACUGUUGCGAUCAGUGAGGUCCCAGAAGAAUGGAGACAGCAGAUAUUGAAAGAGAUUGUUGUCGCGAGGGGCUCUACAAUAAUAACUUCUCUAUUUAUUGGACUCGUCACCAAUUUUGAGCUCACAACCCAUUCGGAUGCUGUUAGCUGUAUAGUCAAGUGCUUUAGAUUGGCGUGCGAACUGAACAACAACGAUCCUAUGAUUUGUGCACAAUGGGUAUUUCAGACUGUCGAACAAUUAGGAUCAGUUACGACAAAGGAGAAAGAUAAUUUAAGUGAAACAGUUGUUAACGGCUUAAAUCAAAAGGAUUAUCGUAAAGUGAGAGAGGGAAUAAGGACAUUUAUUGCAUGGUAUCUGAGGAAGAAUGUGAAUCCCAGAUGCUACUGA